AUGAGCGAGAACGGCAAAAAACUGCUUCAGCAGAAGCUGGCCGAACGAACCCGCGAACAUCAAGCAACACGCGAACCAGCCCUAGGGAGCAAAUUUCGUAAGCUGCCUGCUCCAAUGUCAUCCAAGAAUGACAAACUUGUGCAAAAAUUGUCGUCAAAGCAGAUGACGGAGGAACAAAUGCAGGUUUUACGGUAUGAGGCCUCAUUCAACACAGCGGAUGCCAAACCUGCCAACAUGAUAGCAGCAGUUGAAUCCAUCCUCAGCCAGAUGGGAGCGACAGACGAAACAACGAACCUCAUUCGACACCAAGUGUCCUCCCUCUUCAUGGCUCAUAGGCCGCGCGACGUGCUUUCCAAUAUCGAGCGCGAUGCAUUUAAAGAACUCAGGGCCGACAACGACCUUGUUAUCGUGCCUGCGGACAAGGGGCGUUUGACGGUCGUAUUGGACAGGACAGACUACAAUCAACAAGGCAAAAGCUUGUUGGAUGAUCGUCAGUCCUAUGUCCCAUGCAAAUCCAACCCCAUAGAAACUCUGACGCACGAGACUAACGCGACGCUGUUGGCAAUGGAGAACUCAGGUGCAAUAUUGCCAAUCGACCGACGCACGGCGAGAGCCCAUGAAACGACCCUAGCCCGAUUUUACGGUCUCCCAAAAGUACACAAAGAGGGCACCUCUCUCUGGCCUAUCGCAUCACUAAAGGGCACUCCAAUCUACGGACUGGCAAAGUGGCUGUUCCAACGUCUCCAGUUUCUGACCUUCGAUUCGAACAUCAGAGUCAGCUCGUCAACGCAAUUCUUGGAGAAACUUAAAGGAGUAAGUCCCCUGCCAAGCGAUUUCAUGCUUUCCUUUGAUGUCACAUCCCUUUCUACUUCUAUCCCGCAUGCCCUGGCAGUUGAGGCCAUCGAACUACUCCUACGAGAGAAAUACGACGAAAUGGAGAAUCGCCUCGGACACACCCAAAUCAUCCAGCUCCUGAAGCUCUGUCUCAGGACGUACUUUACGUUCGACGGAACAAUCUACCGUAGGAUCCCUGUUGGUAGCCCUCCCGGUACUUAA